AUGCAAGAAGAAGCAUUCCACGACUCAUCAGCUGAUCUAACUCAAGAUGAUCAGAUAUGUCUUGAUCAUUUCACUCAAACCCACUCAAGAACACAAGAAGGUAGAUACAUUGUGAAACUGCCUUUUAAAUCAAACGAAUUUUUCAACUACUCAAAAUCAAAGCAACAUGCAGAACUCAUGCUCAAACGACAAGAAGUUCGUUUUGCAAAAGAUCCACAACUCCAUCAGCUCUACAGCUCGUUCUUAACUGAAUACGAAAAACUUGGUCACAUGAUGCCUUCCAGGCAUGAUGUUGAUAUACGCACCAUUUGUUAUUUACCACAUCAUGGUGUAAAGAAAGAAAGCAGCUCUACAACUAAAUUACGUCUUGUAUUUAAUGGAUCUCAACUCAUAGACAAAAAUGAAUCAUUAAAUGACCUAUUGUAUGAUGGUCCUUGCCUACUCAAUAAUCUGAGUGAUGUAAUAACUCGGUGGAGACGGUAUAAAAUUGUCUUUUCAGCAGAUGUUGAAAAGAUGUACCGUCAAAUAUUCAUUCACGAAGACGACCAAGAAAAACAAAGAAUUCUGUGGCGUCCAACUCCAACUGAACAAAUCAAAAGUUACACAUUAAAGACUGUAACAUAUGGCUUGAAACCAGCUCCAUUUUUAGCAUUGACAACUCUUCGACAGCUCGAAAAGGAUGAAGAGUGUAUGGAAAAAAUUGAACAGUUACGUGCACUGUUCAAGGCCGGAGGAUUUCCAUUAAAAAAGUGGUUAUCAAAUAAUGAUACUAUUCUCAGUGUAGUACCACCUGAGGAUAGAGAGCAAUCGUCAACAUUGAAUAUACAAGAUGUUGAAGUAUUCAAACAACUCGGUGUACAAUGGCAUCGUAAAGAUGAUACAUUUACAUUCAGCUCACCAUCAGUCUCGAAUAAUACACGUCUCAAUGCAACAAAGCGAGAAGUGUUGUCAAAAGUUGCACAACUGUUUGAUCCAUUAGGUUGGAUCACACCAGUCAUUAUUAUUGGAAAAAUAUUCCUUCAAAAAUUAUGGAAUAAACGUGUUGACUGGGAUGAACAGCUUGACAAUGAAUUACAACUCGAAUGGCAGACAUACUGCAAACAUUUACAAGACGUUAAUUGUCUAAAAAUACCAAGAUGGUUACACACAGCUCCAGAUAACUUAUCAGUAGAAAUUCAUGGUUUCUCUGAUGCCUCCAAUGUCGCUCUUGGUGCAGCUGUUUAUUUAAGAGUUAAACGACAUAACAACAUUAUAAUAUCAACACUCGUGUUAGCCAAAUCCAAGAACUCAUUCAACUCUGAAACAACUCCUGUUAAAUGGCAUCAUGAUAACCCAGCAGAUCUGGCAUCAAGAGGUUUGCAGCCAAAACAAUUAUCAACCAAUUUAUUAUGGUGGCAUGGUCCACUGUGGCUUUGUCAAGAACAAGACAUGUGGCCCACACUACAAGCAACUCACUGUGAUAAAACAAUCGACAUCGAAAUUAAACCUGUGCUAACCGCAUCAGUCACGACUCAGCAAGAUACAGACAACAUCCUUGAACAACUCCUUGUAAAACACUCAUCAUUAAAUAAAAUGGUGGGAGUAUGUGCUUGGUGUCUUAAGUUUUUACAUAAGACAAAAAUGACUUCAGCAACUCCAAAAGAAUUGGUAAUUACAACAGAAGAAUAUGAUACGACGUUAUUGUAUUUUAUCAAACACACACAACAUCAAUAUUUCUCACAUGAAAUAUCAGCAUUAAAAAAUCAUGAACAAUUGCCGAAGUCAAGCUCAUUAAUACGAUUGACACCAUAUUUAGAUAAAGAAGGUGUAUUAAGAGUUGGCAGCAGGUUAAAUAAUGCAAAUUUAACACAGUCAGCUACUCAUCAAAUUAUAUUGCCAAUUAAGUCAAAGUUGACAACAUUAAUAUUGGAAUCAAUUCAUAAAUCCACGUUACAUGGAUCACCACAACUCAUGUUAGCAACAGCUCGACAAAAAUAUUGGAUUAUUGGUGGAAGAAUUCCAUUCCAAUCAGUCUAUUGGAAGUGUGUUAUUUGUACACGUCAACGUGCAUUGGUCAAUCAACAACUCAUGGGACAACUCCCUCCAGCUCGAUGUAAUCCGAAUCCAGCAUUCAUUAAUACUGGUGUGGACUUUGCUGGGCCAUUCAUACUAAAAAAAUGGCUUGGCAGAUGUAAACAAACAUAUAAAGCAUAUAUUGCUGUGUUUGUGUGCUUUGCAACAUCAGCCACUCACUUGGAAGUAGUUAAUGGAUUGUCUACUGAAGAGUUCAUAGCAGCAUAUCGACGUUUUACAUCACUUCGAGGUGUGUGUAAAAAUUUGUAUAGUGAUUGUGGUACCAACUUUGUUGGUGCAAUAAAAGAACUUCGAUCACUUAACACUCAAGCUCACAACAUGUGUGACUUUGCUCAUCAACUCAGCCUUGAAGGCACGAAUUGGCAUCUAAAUCCUCCUGGAGCACCACAUCAAGGUGGGAAAUGGGAAGCUGGUGUUAAAUCAAUGAAACAUCAUUUGUCAAGAAUCAUGGGAGCAACUUUAUAUACGUAUCAUCAACUUGAUACACUAGUUAAACAAAUAUCAGCUCAACUCAAUUCGAGACCUCUUUGUCCAAUGACAAAUGAUCCAAAUGAUCUAGAAGCAUUAACGCCUGGACAUUUCUUGAUAGGUAGAGCAAUGACUGCUAUACCUGAGCGUCAAUUAAUUGAUAUUAAUGAUGACGAAGCUGUUAUGAUUUCUUCUACACUGUAUCCAGCAAAACAAAAACUUAAAAUGAAUGGUGAAAAAUUGGUAAAACAAUCCAUGUAA